AUGGCUUCCCGAAUCGCACGCACUUCCGCAGCUGGCGUCGCGACUUGGAGUCUCUGUCGCCUACUGACUCCGCGUCGCCGAGAGCCGUGUUGUUGUGAGCCUCUGCCCAGCACGCCGACAUGUCAGAAGCGCCCGCUGCGAGUCAUGUCUCAGAAUGUUUGGAAUUCCUUCUUCGCAGGGGGUCCCGAGAGAAAAGCCAGGCUGAUGGCUUUCAGAGAAGAGUUGCAGCGACUCUGCGUUGACGUCGUCAUCGUGCAGGAGAUGUUCGUUUUCGGUUUUGGACCGUUUUGCCUACAAGGCGAUGCAGAGGACGCCGGUCAGCUGUUGUUGCAGCUAGGCUUCGUGCAUCAAACCUCUCCGACAGCGACGCGGCCAUUUCUUGGACAAAGUUCUGGCCUUGUCGUAUACUCGAAAUAUCCAAUCAAGAAGGAGAAGCAUGAAACGUUCGCAUCUCGUCGCUCUGUCACAGCUAAAGGUUGGCUGGAAGUGGUGAUCGAUUUAGGAUCACCCGACGGCGCCGAGGCGCGAGAGCUGCUCCUCUUCAACACUCACCUGGAGCAUUCGCACCAUCCUCGUUGGGUGCGCGUCCGGCAAGACCAGUGCAGACAGCUUACGCAGCGCGCCAGAGAGGUGCCACCCAGCCGCAUUGCAACUCCUGGCAACAGGGGUCUUUACAAGAAGUGA